UUUCAUUCUCUCACUCCAUCUCCCCCAAAUGCUCUUGUUGGAUUUCAACCUAUGUUGUUAGAUCAUCAAACCCAACUCUCUCCAACGCUUCUGUUAUGUCACGCUGGUAAAGGAUGACCCUUUUCCUCGCAUUUUCCUGAAAACUUUCUGUGCUGUUUUCUCUGGGAACUUAGCAUGGGAACUCCAAAGCAAGGAAUGUGUCAGCCCUUUUUCCAUGUGGGGCAACUGAAAAAUUGAGGGCCUCAGUUUGAACGCCUGCAUUUCCUCUUUAAGGUUGGAAAGCUCUCUCGUUUUCAGCAAUGAAGAAUGGUUUUGGAGUUUCAAGGCUUUCUGGAGUUCAGUUGAAAUUUACAUGAAUAUGGAAUGUAUCCCUCUAUUCGAUCCAUUUGAACCCUAGCUUUGGUCAAAAGGGUGAUUGCCAGUUUUGGAGAGUUCUGAAACUACAAAUGUCGGGAGCUCCCAGAUUGAGGUCAACGAAUGUUGCUGAUUCGGAGGUAAGGCCUGUGCUUGGACCAACUGGAAACAAGACAGGGUCAUUGAGUUCAAGAAAACCCACUUCAAAGCUACAGCGGAAGGUAGAGAAAUUGAGGGACGAGGUUGCAUCAGCUAAAGAGAAAAACUCCUAUCAGUCUUCAAACGUAACUUCCACUCCUAAGUCACAUUCUAUCAGUGCUCCUUCAGUACUCCGCAGGCAUGAACAGCUAUUGCAUUCUAAUUUGUCUCUGAAUGCUUCAUGCUCAUCCGAUGCCUCUACGGAUUCAUUCCACAGUAGAGCAUCUACAGGCAGAUUGACUCGGUCUAAUAGCCUAGUCACUCGAAGGAAGUCAUUUGUGUCAAAGCCAAGAAGUGUUUCUUCCGAUGGUUCUUUGGAAUCUCUACCUGAUGGUUCACAACCGAAGAAAAGGUGUGCCUGGGUCACUCCUAAUACUGAACCGUGUUAUGCCGCCUUCCAUGAUGAAGAAUGGGGACUUCCAGUGCAUGAUGACAAGAAACUAUUUGAACUUCUUGUACUAUCAAGUGCUCUAUCUGAACUCACUUGGCCAGUCAUUCUGAAUAAAAGGCACAUUUUUAGGGAAGUAUUUGCAGACUUUGAUCCGGUAGCUGUCUCUAAAUUGAAUGAAAAGAAGAUGAUUGCGCCAGGAACUACUGCAAGUUCCCUUCUUUCAGAACUUAAAUUGCGUGCUAUAAUCGAGAAUGCACGUCAAAUAUUAAAGGUUGUUGAUGAGUUUGGGUCAUUUGACAAGUAUAUAUGGAGUUUUGUGAACCACAAGCCUAUAGCUAGCAGAUUCAGAUAUCCCCGGCAGGUUCCUGUAAAAACUCCUAAAGCGGAUGUAAUCAGCAAAGACCUGGUGAGAAGAGGAUUCCGGGGUGUGGGGCCCACUGUUGUGUACUCCUUCAUGCAGGUAGUUGGGUUAACAAAUGACCAUCUCAUCAGCUGCUUCAGAUUCAGUGAGUGUAUAGCUGCAGCAGAAGGGAAGGAAGAGAAUAAUGGAAUCAUGAACAAUGCUCAUGAAAAAAAGGAGAGUGACAAUGUAAUAGAAUCAGAUCUUUCCAUCGCCAUUGAUGAUUUGAGUUUCUCCUCGGAAUGAUGGUUUCACUGUCUUGGCUGAUAAGAGCCCUCCAGGUUAAAUCAGCAGUGACAUACUGGCCAGUGCCCACUCAUUUAAUACUAGCCUUUUAUUAGAUUAAGUAAUGAUGGUGGGGAAUUUGUGUAUAAAUUUCAUGUUCUCCCUGAACUUGAUUAUGAUGAUGGAUUCUUAGAUUGUAGAUUUUUCCUAAAGCUCAAGUGAAUGAUACUCAACCCUGCGUCUGUAAUGUUGUGUGAAGCUUCUUCAGGCAGCCUUUUAAACUGGUGUACUAUUAUUUCCUGUACAGUUAAAACCAGUUAUUAAAGCUUUCUUCCAAA